UGCUUCCCGCUCCUAUAAAAGCCGACGCCGCGCGGCGUUGCUGUAGUGGCCUUGUCCUCGGUGUGUCUCUUCCUCGCUGGACGCCGCCCGUCAGCCUCGGGCCUGCGGUCUUGAGACCGAGCACCGUCCAGACGCGGUCUUUCUUGGCGUUUUGUCGUGUCCUGCCGUCUCUGAACUUAACUACUGGAAUAGCAGACCCUACUGUCGUCUGAGGGAAUUAGCCAGAGUAUCUCAAACUUGGACACCUGAAUAGUAGAUGCCUUCGAUAAAGUUGCAGAGUUCUGAUGGAGAGAUAUUUGAAGUUGAUGUAGAAAUUGCCAAACAAUCUGUGACCAUCAAGACCAUGCUGGAAGAUUUAGGAAUGGAUGAUGAGGGAGAUGAUGAUCCUGUUCCUUUACCAAACGUUAAUGCAGCAAUUCUAAAAAAGGUCAUUCAGUGGUGCACCCAUCACAAGGAUGACCCCCCUCCUCCUGAAGAUGAUGAGAACAAAGAAAAGCGGACAGAUGAUAUUCCUGUUUGGGACCAAGAAUUCCUGAAAGUUGACCAAGGAACACUUUUUGAACUUAUUCUGGCUGCAAACUACUUAGACAUUAAAGGUUUGCUUGAUGUCACAUGCAAGACUGUGGCCAAUAUGAUUAAGGGGAAAACUCCUGAGGAGAUUCGUAAAACCUUCAAUAUCAAAAACGACUUUACUGAAGAGGAAGAGGCCCAGGUACGCAAAGAGAACCAGUGGUGUGAAGAGAAGUGAAGUGCUGUGCCUGACACUGUAACACUAGAAGGGUUGUUCCAAAUGCUAGUUGCACUGCUCUGUUUAUAAUGUUACUAUUAGAACAGUAGACAAACGGCCUUGUCCUCACUGCAUGUGUAGUUCCAGUACAGAUCUGACCUGUGGCUGAGUUUCUUCUAUGAGCGGAGGUUUCUUUCCUUCUUUUUCUCAUUACUCUGAAUAAAACUGAACUAUGGGUUCUCUGUGGAAAGUGGCAUUUUGGACUUUCCCUCAUUCUGUAAA